AUGCCGGUGGAGCACACGACGUCGGUGGAGCACUCUCUCUCUCACGACUCACACGAGCUUCUGGAGCACAUAAUGGCGGUAUCUCCCUUGUUUGAGUCGAUGGAGCAAGCUGGUACAUCACGCUGGUAUCUCACUUUCCCUCACAGUUUCAAGUUAAAGGCUAUGGGUUUUACAAAGGAGAUUCACUUGGAGAAAGAUCGCUGGCAAGGGUACAUAAAAGAUUAUGAUGGAGGAAUCCUUAUGGAAUGCAAAAUUGAUCCGAAGCUUCCAUAUAUUGACUUGUCAACUAUGAUUCGCCGCCAGAGACAGGCAAUUGAUGAAAAGAUAAGAGAGCUCUCGAAUUGUCACAUUGUUUAUCCGGGGAUUGACUUUCAAAAGAAAGAAGCUGGUAUUCCUAAGAAACCUGUCAAAGUUGAGGACAUUCCUGGUUUGCUUUUCUCUUUUUCGAGAAGGUCCAUUGAAUAG